AUAGUUAUUUGUCAAGUCAUCAGUUAUAGCAGAAUGGAGCAUCUUCAGCAGCUGAAAAAGCAGUUUAUAACUUUUGAAUUGAAUAGUGACUUUUUUUUGCUUGUUGACUUGAUUCAAACACCAUUCAAUUAUCACACCUGGUCAUGCAUUUCACCAAGAGCCAAACUAGCAUCGGUGGUCGUAAACAUUGUGAUGGCGUUGCAAGUGAUUUGUGCAACAGUUCAAUUGUGUCUCGUAAUGCAGGACGAAACACGUGAUGUAGAUCGAAUGGUACCUAUGUUCGAUCAAGAAUAUAUUUUUCUGGUGUCACUAGCUCGUAUGGGUUUUGUGAUCUACCAUCGGAGAUCAAUUGAAACUCUGAAAAAGUAUAUUAACUCAAAAGUUUGUUUGCGAAACAAUGCCGAAGCGUUCGAGUUGCGUUCAAAAAAUCAUGGAAAUAAUUUAAAAUGUGUUGCUUUGUUUCAAUUUAUUGCAUGCUUUAACACAACCUUCUGGAUUUUUGCAUGUGUUUUAAAGGUUGAUGAUUUGAAAAUCCCAUUUGUUCUGGAUUAUUUGCCAAAAAGUGUCGGCUUUCUUGUCAAAACCAUUCACGGAUUCGUUUUCCAAUUUUGGCCAAUCGUUUUCAACGUGUCGCUUAUGCAAUUUGGUGUUAUUUUGAGCUGUCUCCAUACAGAGCUCGAUGUUAUUGUAUUGCUGUUCAAAGAUGUUCAACGCAAAGUAAAACUUUUCUGUUCCGAAGAAAGAACAAUUUCAAACAACCACAAUCGUACUCGAACGGAUCAAUCCUGGCAUGAGCUCAAAGAAACUUUUGACGAUGUCCUCACACAUCAUUCGGCAUUCGUAAGAAAUUUCAAUCGAUUCAAAGCCAUCGCCAGUACUAAUUUGCUGUGCCUGCUUGCGUCUACUCCCGCCACGGUCAUCUUGAAUCUCAUAAUGUUUUUGAAUGGGUUUUUGCUAGAACGCGUCACUUUGCUACUUUUUGCCAUAAUGACUUCAACAGAGAUUUUCAUUUUUUGUCUCCUGUUGGAUCGCGUACAAACUAAGAACAAUGAGAUCGCCGAGUACGCAAGCAUGCUCGAUUGGUUCUACUGUUCCAACCUUCGCAGACAGGGAAAAUCAGCCAAGGCAAUCCUACAAAAUGGAUUAUUUUUGCAAGCCCAACUCAACACUGAGCUCACCGUUAAAGCUGGCAACACGAUUCCCGUUAAUUUCGAAUCGUUUGCCGAAUUUAUAAAGCUGGUUUACAGUGUGGUUACAUUUUGUUUCAAAUCAUUGUUUUGAAUCGCUGGAAA